GUCCCGCGCUGUCCGUGAGGGUGGGGCCAGACUGCGGUGGAGGUUGGGUAGAUGAGCGUUUUCCUUUGGAUCUCGGAGUGUAACGCUAACGCCUGGUGUUUUCCAUGGAGUGAAAUGCAGAUUUAGGACCGGGUGGAGUGCUCAACCCGUAGCGCGUCCGGCGCGCCGAGGACAGCCCUUCGUGGGGCGGGGGAACGGGGUCCUCGCAGCCAGCCAAGAUGGCUGCGCGCGCACUGCGGGCCGCGCGGCGCUGCUCGGAGCUGGCCGGGGCCGUGAACCGUGCGGUCUGGAGGCUUCCGGGGCUCACCCAGGUGAGGUGGAGCCGCUAUGGUCCUGAGUUCAGGGAUCCGUUGAUUGACAAAGAACAUUGCCGCAAGCCUGCGGCGGAGCUCACUGAAGAGGAGAAAUAUGACCAGGAUCUCAGGAAAACCCAGCUCAUCAAAGCCGCGCCAGCGGCACAAACGUGCUCUGUGUUUGCAGAUCCAGUGAUCAGUAAAUUCACCAACAUGAUGAUGAAAGGAGGAAACAAAGUACUGGCCAGAUCCCUAAUGGCUCAGACCCUGGAAGCUGUGAAAAGGAAACAGUUUGAAAAGUACCAUGCUGCUUCUGCAGAGGAACAAGCAACCAUUGAACGCAACCCCUACACCAUCUUCCAUCAGGCACUGAAAAACUGCGAGCCUGUGAUUGGGCUGGUACCCAUCCUCAAAGGUGGCCAUUUUUACCAGGUCCCUGUGCCCUUAUCUGACCGACGUCGUCGCUUCCUAGCCAUGAAGUGGAUGAUCAAGGAGUGCCGCGAGAACAAGCCUCGGCGGACACUGAUGCCAGAGAAGCUGUCACAUGAGCUACUGGAGGCUUUUGCAAAUAAGGGCCCUGUGAUCAAGAGGAAGCACGAUAUGCACAAGAUGGCAGAGGCCAACCGUGCCCUGGCCCACUACCGCUGGUGGUAGCAGGAGUGGAGAGGUUCUGAGGAGCUGGGCGUGCGCUGUCAUGUCAUGGCACACCACUUGAGCUGCUGCCCCACGGGGAAGCGCCUGUAAGUCAAGGAGGACUUCAAUCCCCUUCCCUCUGCACUAGGCCUGCUUUCCCGCACCACCUCCUUGCAAAGGGGGAGCAUGUCUUCUUGGGGAUUUCUACCAAGAAAUUCGGUCUUCUCAUCCCUCAGCGUGGGGUGGUUUUGGAUGUUAGGAAAGGAAGCAGUAUUAGUUUCCAAAAAAAAGUUUAUUAGAAAAUCCUUAACCUGAUGAAUCAUACUCAUUAAACUGGUUGCAGGAAGCAGGCUGGUCUCUACAGUGCUUCUUGUGCAAAAUGUAUAAAACAA